CACACAAGUUCCGCCCACCUGUGCCCAGCAAUGCACCCACCUGUGCCCAGCAGUGCGCCCACCUGUGCCCAGCAAUGCACCCACCUAUGCCCACCUGUGCCGCCCACCUGUGCCCAGAAGUGCCACCCACCAGUGCCCAUCAGUGCAGCCCAGCAGUGCUGCCAGUCAGUGCCUCCAGUCAGUGCCCAGCGGUUGUGCCAGUCAGUGCCCAGCAGUGCCGCCAUCAGUGCCACCUAUCAGUGCUGUCUAUCAGUACCCAUUAUCAGUGUCGCCUAUCAGUGCCACCAAUCAGUGCCGCAUAUCAGUGCCACCUAUCUGUGACACCUCAUUAGUGC